AAAAGUUGAAGAUUAAUUUCCGGCGACUUCACGACUACGAAAAUGCUGGGCUUUAUUUUGCGAAAAAACGUGGUAUUUUCAAGCAUUAAAUCAAUAUGCGGUUGGAAAAAUAUCGCAAGACAAUGCUCUACUAGGUAAUAAUGGACUAUCGAUAGUUAUUGCCUCUUUUAUCCUUUAAAUAUCAUAUAUCUAACUAAACAGAGUACUGAACUUAUUGUAGACCAUUACGUGCUACAUAAUAGCUGAAUUAUUAAUAAUUUGAAAUAGCAUGUAAAAAAAAAUACAAGCUUUUUAAUGAUAUGAACAAGUCUUCCUCAAUAUUAUAAAUUCUUAAAAAGUCAAUUGUUUAUAUUAACAGAGACUUGUCUGCUCUCAAAUUUUUUUUAUACUUCUCUACAACAAAAUCAAUUGUUGAUUAUAUGUUUAAAAUAUGUAAUAUGCUUGCUUUCUGACAGCAAUACUAUAAUUUUUUCCUUCUGUUUCGAAUGAUUAGAAUUUUUAACGUUUAUAUCUUUGAAAAUCCCUUAUUAAUGAUAGUUAAACUAGCUGUUUGACUGUUCGUAUAGUCAUUUGUUUUAAAACCUGCUCUUUCUCUCCAUGUCAGUUCCAUCACAUCCAAUUAUAUCGAGGUACACAACAUGCGAUUGCAUUAUGAAAGAAAAGGUAAUGGUAAUGAGUUUAUUAUGUUGUUUCCCGGUGCUCUCGGAUCAACUAGAACAGACUUCUUACCCCAGUUGGAAAAAUUUAAUGAUAAAGACUUCACCCUGUUUGCUUGGGAUCCUCCGGGUUACGGCAAAUCCCGACCACCACAUAGACCUUGGCCAACGAAAUUUUUUCAGAAAGAUGCUGAUACGGCAGUUGCUUUAAUGAAAGCUUUAAAUCCUGAUAAAAAGUGGAAUUUACUUGGUUGGUCGGAUGGUGGUAUAACAGGUUUAAUUGUAGCAGGUAAUCAUCCGGAAAUUGUUAGGAAGCUGGUAGUAUGGGGAUCUAAUGCCUACGUGACCGCUCAAGAUAUUAUGGCCUAUGAAAAAGUUAGAGAUGUAAAUGCAUGGAGUGAAAAGAUGCGAAAACCAUAUGAAGAUGUAUACGGAGAGGAUUACUUUCGAACAGAGUGGAGCAAUUGGUGUGACGCUAUUAGCAGAUAUUUUACGGAAUUUAAUGGUGAUAUUUGUAAAGAUGCUAUACAUAAAAUUGAAUGUCCUACACUUGUUCUGCACGGAAUGAAGGAUCCUAUGGUGCCUAAUGAACAUCCGGAAUAUCUUAAAAAAGAGAUUUCUGACUGCGAGACGCAUUAUUUUCCAGAGGGGAAGCACAACAUUCACAUGCGAUAUGCGGACGAAUUUAAUAAAGUUGUCAAUAAUUUUCUAUUAAAAUAGUAAAUGACUUUGUUUUUAAUUAAGCAAGAAAACUAUUUCAAUUUAUGCAAUAAAAAGUAAAUUUAAAAAAAAA